GCGCAUCUCUUACUGAGCUCCGAGGGUAUCGUGCGACGCUGACAUCGAGCUGACACUCAGGGUUGAGACAUGGCGGGCGGGUACCUUGGAACAUCGGCUGCAGGUCUGCCUCAUAUCUCCACGGAGAUACUCAUGGAUGAGUAUAUGUUUGGUCGUCGCCGGCAGCGUCGUAACCGCACCACGUUCACGGCGCAGCAGCUGAGCGAGCUGGAGACGCUGUUCCAGCGCACGCAUUAUCCUGACGUCUUCCUGAGGGAGGAGGUCGCCUGCAGGAUCAGUUUGUCUGAGGCCAGGGUCCAGGUAUGGUUCCAGAACAGACGAGCUAAAUGGCGUAAGCAAACCCGAAUGCAGUUCAUGCAGGAUGCCUGGAGACUGCGCUACCUGGGCAUAUCACCUCCAUCUUGGCUGACUCGUUCGUCAUCCACCUCCUCAAACGCCUGCACUACCACCCCUCCUUCACCCUCUUCCCCAUCAUCAGGGCCGUCGUCCCCUUUACCAGGACACAUAAAUGACGCACGUGGAGAUGAAGAUCUUAAUCAUACCAAUAAAUCUACCGAGAACAGUGCCAGGACUUCCCCGCCCUCACCCCCGCCAGUAACACCUCUCAGUGAGCCCUCAGUUCCGUCGCAGGAUGUACCGGCGGUCCAGCAGCUCAGCAGUCCCACUCCCGGGUCACAGCUGUCGCAUAGCGACCGUCUGGCUAUGGCCAACAGCUUGAACGCCGCUGCAGUCGCUGCCACACUUCGCUGGACUCAGCAAUACCCCACAAGUCCCCACAGUACCCAUCCCUCUCCUUCCCUGCUACCUUCCCCAACCCAAAGUAAAUCCUCGCAAUUCUCUCCCACAACGUCCUUUCUCCAAUCGUCUGCUCAAACCCCUUCAGCUCCUAUUUAUUCACCCAGCCUCUCGUUCCCCACCACUCCCUCGAGUCUAUCAUCAGCCUCUCCUCUUCUUACCCACCACUCUUCCUUGCUGCAUCCCCACACCAACUUCCCCCACGUGGGGUGUCUGGGGCCGGGGAUCUGCCCGUGUCUGCACCCUGGCCAUCUUGCGGACCCCCGUUUGCUGCCGCCAGCGAUGACAGGCGCUAUGCCGACUGGAGGAAGUCAACUGCUGACCACGCCUCACCGGCCGUAUCUGAGCCACGUGUUUCAGGAGCUUCAAAAUGUGUCUUCUGUAGCGCUUCCAAUAAUUCCACCCGCUUCAGAAGCUGCCUUGUCGUCAGCCAAAACGUCAGUUUCACCUGAACCUAAAGCUCUGCAAAAUUUUAAUGCUCGAAAAGAGUCGAGUAGGGACUCAAAGUCGAGCCACGAUGAAUCAUCAGCUGAAAAAGUGGCCAUCGGAAGCGACAAGGAAACAAAAAAAUUUCGACAGUUGGACUAUAAGUUUUCGAGUGUGCAGAAAGAAGAAGAAGACGCUGAUGAUCCUCAAAUUAAUGUAGAGAACGAGACUAAAGAUGAUUUGACUCCUGCCGACCUCUCCAUCAAAUCAUCUGAAAAAGAAUAAGUUUUCUAUUAUUAAAUUGCUUUGCAUUUCCUAUGCAUUGCAAAGUUAAUCAAGAAAAUUUGACACGGACUAGUUUUGUUG